GUCGUAUGACUCCUGCCCUCCUCCCAAGGCAUUCCCUAAUCCCAUCCAGGCAAGACGGACUCACAACUCGAGCACAGGUUUGUCGUUCACAGGCCGCCGGUAAUUAUACAUGAGAACCGGUGCUCGGUACGGAUGCCACAUCUGAAUGGGCCCGGUGCCCCAUGGCAUGCUUCCCUUGCCUCGCGCCCAGAAUGUGAGUCCACAGACGGUAAGGAAGUCCUGGCAGAUGGCCAUUCUUGUCCGGCGGGAAGCCCGCAGUGAUCUAGGGUCUACAAGAAGUAAAAAUUCCUCUUCAGAAUGGAGUGUGCGGAUGGAUACGGGCUGCAUCCGAUUUGACACAGGGGUGCUUCGUUUCAGGCGCAAGAGGAUAGCGACGCUCAAGGAGGGGGAUCAACAUGUUGGUAUCCAAUCGAUGGCACAAGCGGGGCGAGAGAGUACUGAUCUUCAGGCUCGUACACAGGGCCAUGCGGAAAAUGUAGCCACUUUCGUCUUGCAACGCUGCCUCGGCGGAGGACUGCUCGGCUGGAACUUCAUUCAAAGGGACCGAUUGUGACCCACAGGCGAUCUGUCCCGCAAUGUGCUUCGAUCUUGGGAUGGAGCCAUCAGCCAACUUGACGAUGAGGAGUCGCCAUUGCAUCAAACCCACCCGUAUUCCGAUGCACCGAGAGGGACUUUCUGAAACAAACGAGAGCGUUGAGGCGUCUCGGCACUGGUUACCUGUAGGAUUCGACCAGCUGAUUAGUAUGCGCCGACUGGAAAGAGGCACAGUUCUCGGAACCGUCCGAACAAACGACAAGGAUGGUCUAGACGAGCUGACAAUGAGAGCAGUUAAUUAAAGCGGCCACGUGUCCAUUGUAUCCUAUUUAUUUUAUCAUAUCGCAGCUCAUUUCCCA